AUGGAUAUCACGUCAAAUGACACGUCUAGCAAUGUCGCAACGACAUCUCCGCCUUCUUUCAACGUAGAGCUUAAGAAGACAAAAGUGGUAUGGGCUCAGGAGGCGCUAGUGCCACCCCCGGCGAGUUGGACGGAAACCUUUGCAGAAAUCCUCAAGUUCCGCACAAAGAUAGAAAGUUUACAGGAGCGUCCACUAGCUUCCCUCACCGCCGAGCAUCGCACGCUCGUGGCCUUGUUAACGCAGGAGAGUGACAAGGAUAUCAAAACGCUUGCAAAGGAAAUCCAGAAGACACUUUCCCCAGAAUCGGCUUCGUCCACAGCUUCUAGUGAUACACAAGCUCCUGUUCUUCCCCUGAAUGUUGUCGAGUCGGCUAUCAAUGAUGUGGCCAAACGUAUCAAUUACGGUGUCGAAGGAGGCCUCAAGGACUUUUGUGUGUGGAGAUGGGAAUUAGACGACCUUAGUGACCUUCCGGACACGAAGCGUGCCCUCAUGUUACAACGCCGCGCGGAUCGUCAAAAGGGUAGGGCUGUAUUAUUGGCACAGUAUGAAGCACUGGCGGAUGCAGACAAGACCGCAAUCGUAUUGAAGUCCCGACGUAAAAAGCAAGACGAAACAAAUGGCGGAAAGGAAAACGUGCCGGCUCCAUCGACUGUGCCUUCUGCACUGGCAAACGCGGUGGUGCAAGAUGCCCCAUCGACGUCAACGUCGACGACAAAUGCCGCUACUACUACUAAUAUGAAAGAGAAGGAGACCAAAGCCAAGAAAGGUGCGAAGCCCAAGGAAGCACCCGCUACGGGAUCCUCUACUCUGUUGUCGUGGCUCGCUCCUAAAUCAACACCUGCUGCUCCCGCCACACCCAAGAAAGCAGACCCGACUCCGGUCGAGCAAAAAGAGGAAUCAAAGCCAGCUUCCUCCUCUUUCGAUCAAACGUUUAAGCCCUUUCGUGUCAAGAAUGGGUUUACUCUUGCUCCCAUCAACCACUUUAAGUCAACAAAGGCUCGGGUCAUUGUGCUCGAUGACGAGGAAGGCCCAGAAUCCAAAACUCGCUUCAAUUCAGCUACCCAUCGAGAUACACACCCAUUGCGAACGCUCUUGGCAGAAAUGCCGCCAUCUUCCAAGCCACGAAAGACCGCGUACGGGCGCCCUCAUGACAAAGCCCCAGCAAUGAAGACGAGUUCUCGUGUCUUAGUUCGGGACUUGAUCGAAAAGCUGAACGACGCUACAGCCGCAGGUGAUGUCUAUUCUGCCAAAAUCCUUAUUUCGACACUUUCGGAUCGUCGCCAGCUACCCGUUCGAUGGCUUUAUUUCUACGAGAAUACUCGACCUAUGUAUGUCGGUACCUGGACGAGAACCUCGAACACCGUUGGGCCACGAACUCCAUUUGCUAUGGAUGAGAACUUGGACUAUACGUAUGAUAGUGGGGAGGAGUGGUUCGAAGAAGAGGAAGGAGAAGAGAUGGAUGAUACGGAGACGAUUGAAGAGGAGGACGAAGAGCUUGACGACGAAAACAACGACUGGAUCGUGGACGAUGAUGUGGACGAGUUGGAACCAAACGAUGAAGGUGGUCUUGUGACGCUUGGAGACUCGCCCAAAGGAAAGCGCAAGGCGGAGAGUGGUCCCUUUGGUUGGCUCGGCAUGAACAAGCGACGAAAGCUCGUGCCACUCAAGCCCGACUGCAAGGGACCGUAUUGGGAAACUACGCUUGGGACCCCAGAACUUUCGUCUUGGUCUCGAUAUUGUGUUCGCGUCUUAAACGACGUCCCUCUGUAUAUUGAUCCUCUGGCCUCGUACCACGAUCCGCCUGCUCCAGCUGCCAAAAGCGCCGAUGGGUUUGCUAUACCAGCUAUUCCUGACCGGCUACUACCCACCGCGUCAGCUUCAACUUCGAACCCGGCGGCAUCCGCCUUGGCUUCGACCGCGGGUCCAGCGAAGAAGCGGGCGUCUGCAAAAGCCACGAAGGACACACCAAUGCUCUCCGACAAACUGGCACACGAAAUGGCCAAGCUCGUACUCGAAUCCGAGACUGGCUUGACGCAGCAGUCCAUUGUCGAUACCGUCUAUUUGAAGCUCAAAGGCGCUGGCGCAAAGAAGAAUGCGAUACAAGCAACGAUGAAGACAGCGUUUGUCAAGGACAAGAAUCGAUGGAUCCUUAAAGACGAGUACAAGAGUCUCGCAGAAGGACCUUGA